AUGAGUUCAAAAUGUCUUUGUAAUUUACGUAAAGGUCAAGUAUUUUAUUCAUGUUACAAAGUUAACAAACAUAUAAAGCUGUAUGGUGCGUAUGAGCUCAAGAGACCAAGGAUUUCCGAUACUGAUGACUCGACCUCAAGCGACAAUGAAUCAGAAGUCGAAGAGACGAGAGAAGUCACCACACCAGAACCAUUGUUCGAGAUCAAUAAUGACUAUUAUUGUGCGGCUGGUAGCACUCAAGAUAACUACGACAGGGAAUCAACACAAGAAACCGAUCCACAUUCACUCCAUUCAAAGAUCGGCAAGCCAUUAGAUAAGUUGGCCUCCAGCUUUUUGUUAACUGUUAUAAUUUUACAAAAUACUUCAAAAACAUUUUUCAGUUCGGUGAAAUCCAUAGUAAUACUAAAAACCUUAGGAACAGAAGAAAAUGUUGAUGAAUAUUUAGAAAAUCCAAUAUCUGUGGUUGAUAGUGAAGAUUCCAGUGACACAUCUGCAGAGGAAUCAUGUAGCAGCUCUGAAUCAGAUAGUGAGGAUGAAAAUGCAGAUGUGUCAAUGGUCAAUUCACAUGGAAACUUGUCAAGCGUAACUAAAGCAUUCUUAUCAGGGCAGAUUCAUGAUAUUGAUGAGGCAAUUGCAGAACGUUCUGUUCUCCAUAGCAGCAUCAAAUGUACCUUGAUGGAAACAAUGAUAUAUUUGUUUGAUUGGUUUUCCUCGCACCCAUCAUUGAGCAAAGAGGCAUUUUCAAAGAUUUUACAACUUUGGCACACGAUUCUUCCUGAAGGCAAUCUACUACCCACUAAUUACCAACAGGCCUACAGAAUAAUUAAGCCAUUUCUUGUACCUGAAAUUGUAUUUCAUGUGUGUGUCAAUGACUGUGUACUUUUCCGUGAUGAUUACAAAGAUGAUAUUACUUGCCCUAAAUGUAAAGAACCAAGAUUCAGGAGUGGAAACAUCCCCAGAAGACCAUUUUAUUAUCUACCUUUGGGACCGAGACUAGUUAGGAGCUAUGGUGUUGCAGAAAUUGCAGAAAUGCUUCAAAGUCAUGGAAGGGAGAAAGAGGGAAAAGAUGUCAUGAGUGAUAUCCACGACUCUCCAAAAUGGAAAAGUGCAUACAAGUGGAAGCCAAAGAGCGCAGCAGCAGCUACCGGUAUGUUUCAAGCCAGGAUCCAAGCAAAUGUCCUACUAUUGUUUGUGUCAACUGUCCCCAGUCAUCACCAAGGUUUGGUGUUGUCAGUCGUAUCUACAGGCACAGUUUUUCUGGCAAGGAGUUCAUGUGGGCCGCUGUAAGUCUGUACGAAAGAGUGCAUUUUGAUUCAACGAGCGGUCUUUGGUACAGCACAGAAGAUUCCUUGAGCCAAGCAGCAAUGCCAGUCCUCUUCCGCCAUAUAUCCCAUCCACUGACAACAGCAGUUGAUAAAACUAAAACCAUCUGGUUUUUAGACACUAUAUAGCUAUGUGUAGCAUCCAGGUAGUACUACUGUGACAAUUUAAAUUUUAAGAUCCACUUGCCAUUUCAGUAAAUUAACACUACCAUCAAAAUGCUUUGUUACUACCAACACUUUUCAAGCAUGCAUCUGCAAUGCUGUAUAACUGAUAAAACAUCAUUGUUUCA